GCGAGCAUCUCUUUCUGUCUCCUCUUGUGCUGAGCCUGCUGCCUUCCUGCCUGCUCUUCAAGGAGCAGACACGCUCUAUUUCUCGGGGCUGAAAAGCCCCAACUCCUCCUCAUCACCUCAAGGUGAGAAUUGUUUCGAUCCCUACCUCAACUGCUUGACCUGCCGGGCUGGUCGUCGAAUAGGAUCGUCGCCGCCACUACAGACGAUGGCUAGCUCCAGCGACGAGAUCAGCGGCGGCGCCACGACGACGACGAAGCCCCUGACCAUGUUCUACAACGGCGGCGUCGCCGUAUUCCAUCUCCCCCAGGAUAAGGCGGAGGAUCUCAUGAAGAUGGCGGCGGGUAAGGAGGGCGUCGACGACGAGCGAAGGCAGGGCCAGGGCGACGAGCUCCUGGCCAAGAUGAGGGAAGAGAUGCCCAUUGCAAGCAAGAGAUCUUUGCAGCGAUUCUUCCAGAAGCGCAAGGAGAGGUUGUACAGGGCCUGAUCUGCAGGAGACGGAUUGAUGGCGCGGUAUAGCCCUCAUGAUCGGAAUCUGUGAAGACGAUCCAGGGCUUAGUGUAAUAAAUACUUCAGUUAUGCAGUAUUGCUCUUGACCUCGUACAUGUUAAAAUGUAUAUUAUGCAACCGCAGGUCAACAACUAGUUAAUCCUAUGGACUUCACCUGUAAGCUUUGCUUUAGGAGUACAUUUUCAGUCUGAUAUGUUUCUUA